CUACAUACACUUUAUUGUAGUUCGGUAAAAUGAAGAUAAGCAUAGAACUAUUAUCCAUAGUGAAAACCCAUCAGAAUUACACUGUAUACGAUGGCUAAUAUACCUCUGAAAUAUAAACCGCUAAGAAUCACAAAACAUUUAACUAUGAAUUCAGUAAAUGGAUUGAAAAUGUAUUGAAUGAAUCACGUGUUCUUCAAAAUCGAUUUCAAUUGGUUCAGAUGAAACAUGCUACAGUAAUAUGCAGCUAUGGUUGAUAAAAGAAUGAAUCUAUUUUCAUUUUAUAGUGCUCCGUAUUCUCAAUGAUUACACUUAUUUGCAUAUACAAAGACAAACAUGAUGAAAUCAACAUUAGUAUUACUACUACUAUACAGAUUUUUCCUCUCAGGAAUAAAUUGUUCCACAGGUACCUUAAAAGAUGAAAAAAUCAAGCAUAAAUGGAUUAAACUAGCGAAACCACUUAACAAAACAAAACCGAUUGAUGAGAAACACGGUCUGUCCUUCUACGAUACCUACAGUGCUGGCGGAGACCAAAGCAGCGACUUAAAGCAGUUAAAAUUUGAACCACAAACAUAUUCAUGUUAUCAAUGCGAUGGCUGUGACCUAAACAGUGGAGACACAGAGCAUUUUAUUGUGGUCGGUUGUCACGAGUGUGUAACUAUAUAUACUGAAGAAGAAAGUCCAAAUCGGCAGUGUAAUCACAAGCCAUAUUCUCAAUGUGAAUCAGCAUUCGAUAUACGGUGUUGUAAAGGUGAUUUGUGUAAUUCAUGUCAAUCGUAUGUAUUAACGUAUAGAAACAAAAUAUUAAUUGUGUAUUUAAUUUUCAUGAUUAUAACCAUCAAUAAUAGUACACUAUAAAAGAAAUUCUUGUUAUCGGUUUUGUUUUAUUUUUCAAAUUAAAGUAUACUGCGUUUAUGAGAGUUAGUCAGUUAUCUACGGUUGGAAAAUAGGGGAAGAAGAAAAAGGCAGUCAUAAAAGUUACCAUCAUACAUGCAUUACCAGAAUUGUUAUUAAUAUAUAAUAACAAUGACGGGAGUGAUCGUGUAAUACUGAAUAAGUCAAUUACUGUCAUAAAUGAAAAUUGAAAUGAAUAGUCCUUUAAGAGUCGAAUGAAAAGAAUUUAUAACAGAACACUGAAUUCAUGUGAUAACAAUUACUCUUCGUG